AGGAGGGCAAUAAAGGUUGCUGCAGGGAGGUUGUAUGCUGGUUUCCUCUUCAUAAUAUGGUGCAGUAUGCGGUGUCAUGCCCUGCGUCCUUCUAGUUCUCCUUGCUAUAUUCUCUGAUCUAUUCAAAGGUACUUCUUCAACUGAGAUGGACUGCACAGCAGUUGAUGCUGUUUAUAACCGCAUAAAGGAUUCCAUAAAGUCUACACCCAUGUAUCAGAUUUUACGAAAUAAAGAAACGAGUUUGUGUCACCGCAGUACAGACAUCACCAGUUCCACUUACACGGUCUACUCUGCCACGUGUUGCUCGUUUGAUAAGGAGAUAGCUCUAGCUCUAACGUCCUCCACUCUUUUCAGACAGUAUCUAUACACGGAUUCUCUUCAAGGUUACAAGUACGCACUAGAUGACAUUGUUUUGCAUUAUAAAAGCGAAAUCGGAAAGGUUCUCGACCCAGACCUACGGGAAUAUGUUAUUAAAUACAUUCAGAGAUUUGGAAGCGAUAACUCGUUAAUGGAACAGAUUAUAAAGGAGCAAUUGAGGAUUUAUCUGCAACGGAGGGAAAUGUUUGAAGUGCCAUUUAUACAAGAAAAAUGCUUUUACGCCGCUAAGAGGUUUGCUCAGACAUUUGAGUUGUAUCUAAAGGAGUAUCUAGAGAGGUUAGCAGCUCUGCAGGAGGGAAUAUACCUCGCUAUCAAACUAAUGGACGCUCUUCAGAACCAGAAAGUUUCUCCCAAAUGUGUGGAGGCUGUCACCAGAUCGUCAGUAAUGACGAUAGGGUGCAACCAAUGUGAGGUCGGUAGUGCUAACUUCAAGACAUGUCGUUCACUGUGCUCUAAUGUGGUUAACGGCUGUAUGAAGCCUCUCCUACCCCUAUUGCCAACCUGGUACGAGUGGCUGAAAACGAUGGAUUCCCUUGAUUUUAGCUUGAACAAGAAAAGUGAUACGCUUCUUGAUGAGAACAUAUCACAGAAACUCUAUGACAGCUUCACUCUGGAUUAUCACAAUCUCAGUGAGAAUUGCAAUAUUAACCGGUCAAGCAGCAAUGCCAUAUCACGCACACCCCGCAACUAUUGGAGGCUAUCAGAUGGCGGUGGUUCAGUGGACUCUCAUCCUCUCUAUCAGGACAUGUUUAGUGCCAUGUUCGAUGAUCUCCAGGCAAAGUUCUGUAGAGGACUUGAUCUUGCUGCUGAAAGUGACUCUUUUCCAUGUUGGAAUGGUACUCACGUCGCAAGCUAUACAAGAAAUCUCACCUAUUUUAACCAGGAGAGUCAGGAGCUGAACCCCGAGGUUGAGGACAACAGUUUCAUCCACUUCACCGCGCAACGUGCUAUCAGCGAUCUUAAAAACUUUAAUCUUAGAUACAGAUCCUACCGAGCAGACGAGAAGGACGACAAGUUAUCGACUGAGAGCGUGCCGACUCGUCCUAAAACUCUGGAAUACAAUGUAACUCCUACGGUUCCCGCCAAAGGUUGCUCCUCCUGUAACCGACCCUCCAAAAUUAUUAUUUCGUUCCUUUUAGUUUUAUGUGUAAAUUUAUUCAGUAGACAUCGAUGGUUAUCGAUUUUGGUAAUCUAGGACAUUUAGGUUGUAUGGAACAAUUAUGGAACGGAAUUGAAAACGGUUGAUUAUGCUUUUAUGAUUUGUCAGACGCACAAAAGAAAUGGUGCUCUGGCAGCACAAGAGAGGAGUAGCACCAUGGACUUUACUUUAGUUUCAAAAGCUCACAAAGUUUUUUUUGUAUGACAGAUUUUAAAUAACUUUAUGUUAGAUAACUGUUAAAACUGAUAAAAACUGACAAAAAUUGAAUUGGGAAUCUUUGCAAUGUGUGACCUUGUAGGGGACGAAAUUUUUUUUCAUCGAAGCAUUUUUAAAUUCUGUAUGGGUACAAUGGGAUAAAAAUAUCAUGCGAUAAAUGUUUAUACCUCUAAUUAUUUAAGUGUAUUGUAAUUGAGUAAUAUACAUUUUCUUUUUAAGUA